GUCAGAUCUCAAGUUGAAAUUAGAUAGACGGCGCGAAGCGCCGGAUGCCUGCCGAAGGGAACGGGAGGGCCACUAGUUAUCUUAUUUAUAACGUGAUAGUUGAGCUUAAAGAAAUUUAUAGAGUUGGGUCAAGAUACGCUGAUGUUUGUGGCUCGGACAUUUAUCUCUUUUCAUUCUGGAACUUUAGUUUUUAUGCUCCCAUGGAUAUCAAAAAAUCUAAGCUAAAGCUGGAUUUCUAUCUAGACAAGAUAAGAAACAAGGAAUGUCCAGAUAUACUUGACUGGGGUCAAAACCUCAACAAAGAAUACGUUGCUCAUUGUACUACUCGAGGUUAUCCCAACUACCAUUCAUUUGUGUCUAAUCAGGGCGAACAGGAGUGCAGGGACUUCACGGAACAUAGGAUUAUGUACUAUUUGAUCACCAGGCUUGUAAAGAAAAUUGAAGGCUACCCAGAAAUCUGCACCAAAAACUCAAAACGCAACCCGCGAUUCGUAGACAGCAAAGGUGAAAGCAAACGACCCAGGAAGGUCUGGAAUAAAAACCUCAAGGGAGACAGUAGGCUCAAAUGAGCGGGCAGGGCCGGAACCGAAGAUGUGAAGCAGAAGGGGCCGGCCGUCGGUCUGGGGUGUCACUCCAAGGGCCGCGACGAGCGUCGGCGAGAUAAAAAAUAUACGUG